CAUCAAUCACAAACAAGUUCAGAAGAAGAAGAAGAAGAAGAAAAACUCAGUAGAAUUGAAUUCCGCAAGAAAAACCCUAAAAUUCAUCCGUCAUCAAUGGCUAAUUCCAGCAACCCCGCGGCAGGUGUUGAUAAUACCUUCAGAAGGAAGUUCGAUCCAGAAGAGUACCUCCAACGCGCUCGUGAACGUGAGGAAAAGGAACAGGCCAAGUCUAAAUCCAAAUCUAAAGGUCCUCCUGUCGAAAGACAACCAUUGAAGCAUAGGGACUUUGAGGUUGAUCUUGAAUCCCGCUUGGGGAAGACUCAGGUAAUCACUCCAAUAGCACCGCUAAGCCAUCAGGCUGGAUAUUUCUGCAAAGUCUGUGAAUGUGUAGUGAAAGAUUCAGCAAAUUACCUGGAUCAUAUCAAUGGAAAGAAACAUCAAAGAGCUUUGGGUAUGUCUAUGCGAGUGGAACGGGCAUCCCUUGAACAGGUUCAACAGAGAUUUGAAGUACUGAAGAAAAGGAAAGAUUCGGGAAGCUUUACAGAACAAGAUUUUGAUGAAAGGAUCUUGAAACAGCAACAAGAAGAGGAGGAAAGGAAACGCCUAAAACGAGAGAAAAAGAAAGAGAAGAAGAAGGAGAAAUCAGCAGAGGAGGAAACUCCUGAAUUAGACCCGGAUGUUGCAGCUAUGAUGGGAUUUGGGGGAUUCGGUACUUCAAAGAAAUGAAAAACAACUAAAUUUAAUCAGACGGACGGAUCUCGCCUUCUUUAUUAACCCCAUUCUUUUUGUGCAACUGUCAAUUUCAACUGAAUUUAAUCUGCACCCCAUUUGGCUUGGAUUGGCUUAUGAGAAUGUUACAAUUAAGUUUUAUUUAUAUAUUAGUCAUUGA